AUGAAAAGUUUUUUAAUUUUGGUAUUUUUUGUGGCUCCUGCCAUUUUCUGCCAAGAUGUCAUAGAUAACAAUGUUGAGGAUUCGACGGACACCGAUUUCGAUAAAAUUGUUGGAGGCUACAACGCUAAUAUUGCUGAGUUUUCGUACCAAGCUUCAAUUCAACAAUUUCUUCGUGGUUCUUUUAAACACUUCUGCGGUGGUUCAAUUAUCACACCUUCGUACAUUCUCUCAGCUGCGCAUUGUUUUGAAGGAAAAACUAAUCAAAAUUUCGCUCUUCGUGCUGGUUCUAACCACACAAAUCGUGCCGGACAAUUUCGUAUGAUCAACUUUGUCAAAGUUCAUCCCAAUUAUGAUCCAAAAAGCAAUGAUUUUGAUGUUGCAGUCUUAAAAGUGCGUUAUCCCUUGAGACUUAAUAAUUUUGUUUCUACCAUUGCUUUGCCGCCAUUCGGAGAGGAAGUCAAUCAAAACAUGACAGGAAUUAUCAGUGGAUGGGGAUUAACAAGUUACAACGGAUUAGUGGCAUCAACAUUACAAACAGUAAAAGUUCCAAUCGUUAAAUGGGGAGUUUGCAAGACAGUUUAUCCCGAUUUGACUAAUAACAUGUUCUGUGCUGGCAAUAUCAGAGAUGGAGGUGUUGACAGCUGCCAAGGCGAUUCAGGCGGUCCUUUCGUGCAAAAUGUUCUCAAUGGAAAAGUCUUGACUGGAAUCGUUUCUUGGGGAUAUCAAUGUGCGACUCGCGGAUAUCCAGGAGUUUAUUCCAAAGUCUCCGUAUUCAGAACGUGGAUCGAUUCAGUUAUUGCUUAA